AUGGAAACGAAUCAAAAUUCGGAAAAUAUUCAAGCAGGUGAAUCGAGUGGAGCCGUUGUUUUAAAUAUAAAUACGAAUGCGAAAGUACUCGAAGUUGGUGGUUUUCCUUGCUUCGACCACAAGGGAGAUCCAAAUACACUAUCAAUUCGCUGGAAAAGAUGGAAGCGCGCUUUCAACCUGUAUAUGGUGUCAAAAGGAGUUACAAAUGAACAGCAAAAAGUUGCUUUGUUAUUACACUCCGGAGGAAUGGAAUUACAAGAACUGUAUUAUACUUUAAGCCCAGAUAGUGAAGAUAACAAUCUUCAGGAAUGUUUGAAUCGAUGCUUUAGAUGCAUAUUUUACACCAAAGUAAAUGUGGCUUUUGAAAGACAUAUGUUUCGACAAAUGCAGCAAAAAGAGAAUGAAACCAUAGAUCAAUUUGUUUGUCGACUUCGACAAAAGUCUAUUUCAUGCGAGUUUACCAAUGUAGAUGAAGCAAUUCGUGAUCAAAUUAUUGAAAAAUGCAGAGACCCAAAGCUUCGUCGAAAGUUUCUUGAAAAGUCAG